AAAGUAAAUGAGGAAAUGUGUGACAUGUGUAAGGAGGCGGAUCAGGCGCAGGUUUAUGACGUAUGUGACGCGCCAGGACGCGAUGUAAACAUGGCUGAAGGCGGUAGUACGAAGGCUAUGAACGAAAACGUGCCUGUUUUUGAGCACGUCGAAGUGAAUACUAAACCAUUUCACAUCGGGAGCUUUAGAGAUUUAUGGCUCAGCGUGCUGAAGCCGGAGGAUUACGGCUUUAACCAAACUGCAGGUGAAGUAGAAGAUGCAGAGUUUAUAGAGACGAUGGGAAUCACACCUGACAUUCUGCAGGAGCUGAAAACUAUCUGCAGCCCUGAAUCUCUUCGCUGUCAUCCUGCAGAUGAAGUUCCUGAUCCUGACGACAUUCCUGCGGACACUCAGCUCGCCACCUUAAAACUGAGGAAGAAGAGACUGGACUAUAAAAAGAGUCUCUCACGGGACAGUGUGGGACGUCACGACGCGUAUGCUAAUGAACUGGUGAGUGUGAUUAUAAUAAAAAAGAAUAUAAGAAACAAAAGCCACGCUCCAGAGUUAAAGUGUCGGUCCCAGAGCUAAAGUGUCGUUUCCCAGAGUUAA